CGACGACGGUUUUGGCGCGCGUAUUUCAGCAUUUCAGCUGUCGCGCGCGACCGGCAGAUGGCCGGUACGCCGGCUCACGGACGACACGGACACGUCGACACGCCGGCGUGCGACACGCACACGGAGAGAUCAACCAUUGCCGUUACCGCUACGGCGAGGGUGCCGCCGUGCCGCCGUUCCGCCGCGCCGUCCGCUCGGAAGCGCGCGCACUUAUGAAAGGCGGCGAGGAACGACGCGUUGUCAUCGCGUGAAACGCGAACGAUCAGCGAACGCAUCCCGAACCUCCUCGCUCCGCAAAAGUGCCUUCCGCCCGUCCGAGCCUGCCCGAUUUCAAUCGUCAAAUCGUCAAAUCGCCAUUCGUCACGAGUCACGAGUGCCGUGCUGCUGAGAGGAGACAACUUUGAGAGAGCUAGCUGCCCUAAUUUCGACACAAUCAUAUUACCAGGAUGCCUCGGGUAAGGAGACAAGUGAUCCUGGAGGAUCCAGCCAGGCCAGUUACUCCAGACAUGGUGGAAACAAAGUUGUUAAAGUCUGAGUUUCUGGAUGAUGGUUCUUUGGAUGAAAUUCAAUCUCCAAAAGUGGCAGAAGAAACACCAAGUCCUCAUUUACAGGAUCACCAAUACGGACAAACGCCUUGUUGUUACCAAAUAACGAGAAAACCCACACAACCACCACCAAGAGCUGAGAUAUCAGUUCAAGCGGUAAAAAGAAGACUGAAUUUGGAGGUAGGGACAACUGGUCCCAGCCAGUCUGCCUUCAAAACACCCAGAGGUAAACGUAGAAGAUCCGGCUCGAAUUCUUUAGCUGGUCAUACACCCACCAAAAGUAAAACUGUAGAAAGGACACGGUAUGACACAUCUUUGAGUUUGCUCACAAAAAAGUUUAUUCAUUUAGUUGAAAGCAGUCAGGAUGGUGUGGUGGACUUAAAUGUAGCGUCAGAAAAGUUGGAGGUACAAAAACGUCGUAUAUACGACAUUACUAAUGUUUUAGAGGGCAUUGGUAUUUUAGAGAAGAAAAGUAAAAACAAUAUCCAGUGGAAAGGCGGUCAGUUACCGAACAAUCGGAACGAUAUCGCUAAUCUCAGAUGGGAGGUCGCAGAUUUGGAAGCUAAGGAGAACACUCUGGAUCGAUUGAUUCACGGUGCUGAUAAGAACCUUCGCGAGCUCUGCGCGGAUAGACAAUACGCUUAUGUGACGUAUCAUGAUUUACGUUCAGUCUCAAUGUACAAAGACCAAGUUAUUAUGGCUGUGAAAGCCCCGCCGGAAGCUACCCUCCAUGUCCCACAACCGAUCAAUAACUUUGGUCAACAAAAGCUUCAAAUGCAUAUGAGAUCGGAACACGGCGAGAUAGAUGUGUUUCUGUGUCCUGAGGAUUCCACAGUCAAAACAUCCUAUUCUGGGUAUGCGACAACGCAAUCUGUGCCUCAAUCAAAAGAAUCCGAUAUACCUUGUUUGCCUCCUGAAUUGUUGGCUAAUCGAGAAAGCGACAUGCGAAUCGAGCCAGUACCUUCCGAUGAGAGUUUCAUAAAUACUCGUCUGAGUACUCCCGUGACUGCAGUUACCAGUGUAACAAGCAUGAAGGACGCGUUCUUAUGCGAAUCCGAUGAUUAUGGACCAAUGGGCGGUGGCAAAUUCCAACUCCAAACAGAGGACCAAAUCAGCUCAGAUCUGAGUAUUCUCGAUUUUGGAGAACAACUACUGACUUUGGAACCACCUCUCUCCGAAAACGACUACUCGUUCUCGUUAGGCACCGAGGAAGGUCUUUCGGAUCUCUUCGAUUUUAAAUUCUAGGAAUAUCAUCGCUUAUUGCACGGGCGUUCGUGUCUUUUUGGGUUGUUACUCAAACAGAUGGAACUGCUUCGUCAGUUUUACAAUGCGCCUUCGCGUUACAUAGUGAUGAUAGUUGGCAGUUUCGUUCCGCGCGUCGAUCUUCGCGAAAAAUUGCAAACGUACAAAGACAUUUUUAUUUAUUUAUUGUUUCUUUAAGCACACCAUUUUAUAUCUGGAAUUUACUUUCGUAUUUUUUGUACCAAAAGUACAAGAAGGCUUAAAAGAAUAGCAACAAAAUAGUCGAGGUAUGCAAUUUCAUAAAUUGCAUCCUGUUGAAAUCAAAGAUAUAUCACAUGGAAUGCAUUAUAUUUUUCGGUAACAGGAUUUUUUACGUCGUUUAUUACUGUAUGCUCUACAUAAAAACUAUAAAGGAAUAUAUUAUUUAUCUGUCUGCACCAGAACAUUUUAAUAUUUUACGUUUUUUUUUGUACUCAUGUUUCAUUCUGGAAUAUUUCGUGGUUAUACGAUUUUAAUUUCUUAUUGCGGACCAUAAACUCUCAGUGUGAAAGAGCCGAACCGCCGAGGCACAGGAUAAACAUAUCACAAUAUUGUUAAUGUGUGCUUCCGGCUUGAAAUGGUUUGCGUUGAUCACGUUUGCGGAAUGGAUUGCAAAGAUAUUAGACAAAGAGACAGAAGAGAGAUGAAAGAGGAAGAGUGUGUGUAAACGUGUGUGUGUAUGUGUGUGUCGUGUGUGUGCAUGCGUAUGUGUAUAAGAGAGAGAAAGAAAGAAGAGAAAAGUUGAAAAGCGAAGGCGCUUUUUCGUGCAAUCUGUAAUAAUAUUGUAAAUUGUGCUAAGAGAUAGGAGAGAGAAUGUAUUUGGGAAUUCAGAGAGAGGACAGACUGUACUCGUGUCGGACAACGAUCUAAUUGCUUUUCGUAGUUGUCCAAUUGUAAAAUGAAUGAGACGGUUAAAAUCAUCGAAUUCUGUCUGAUAUAAAGUCUUGUUUAAUGAAGAAAGGAAGAGAAGAAAGACGAGAUUGCGAGGAUUACUUCGUGCGCGCGAAAAAUGACUGUGUGCGUAUUAUUGAGACUCGGAUGAUUUUUUUUUUUAAUUAUAUGCGACUAGAGUCCGUCGUCCUUCCUUCGGACGAUGUAUGUUUUUUUUUUAACGGAUACAUGUUGCCUUGUUAAUAAAUCGUUCGACAAUAUGAUAGUCUUAUUUCGCGUGCUUUUGUAACUUUAACCGGUCGAAUGGCAAAUCAAGAUAAAUAAACGUUUUCCGUUUUGAAUAUAUUAUUUUAUUCCUCGUUAUUCAGUGGAAGGGAAAUUAAACGCGAUAAAUAGUAAUCGUUUUAUAACAAUAAUUAUAUUAUUAAUCGAUUAUAGGAGUCACACGCUCUGAUCAACUUUUUAUUGAAUGUCACGAAGAUGAACGUAAAUAAAGUCAAAACGUACACAUGUACAGUGGUGAAAAAAUGAGUGAAAGAUCUUAGACUAUAUUGUCUCAUAUUUAAAUGCGUAUUUAAUUCCAAUUCGCAACGAACAUAUUGUCU